AUGAAGUCUUGGGGUGAAUCGCUAGGGCGGAAUGCCUCGGCGCAUUUCUAUGGAGUGGGGAGGCUUCGGAGAGCGCUGCUGCUGUUGGCCGCCGCGGCGUGCACCGCUGCCGCCGUGUUGUAUUGGCGGCAGCAGACCGACGACUCCGCUCAUCGACCCGCGCAUUCCUUAUAUGCAGGCAUAGAGCCGCAGUGGACAUGGAUUUGUCGACACGAUCGUUGCGAAAGACUUCUGGCAUCCGAAACUAAUAUACUACAAUCUCUACCCACUUGUAACAUGCUGUGUGCAUCCACGCAACUCUGGCCUCAGCCCACCGGCCCGGUGAGCCUCGCUACCGCCGCCACACACGUGCGAUCCAACAGUUUCUCUCUACAGAUACUAGCAUCCCCUUCCCGAGAUGUCACAGACCAUCUUAAUGAGGCGUUUAGUUUAAUGCGUGACGAUUUAAAAACUCUAGAACGAAGCAGUGGCAUUGAAAACAGGCGGAGUGAUAGCGCUGUACGGGAUGUCUUAGUUCGUGUCGCCGUCAACGGCAGCGGAGACCCUCGCAUGCGACAAGAUACAGAUGAAAGCUACAAAUUGGUGCUACGACCGAGCGGAAAAUCUCUCAUCGUCGAUAUAACCGCGCACUCGUUUUGUGGAGCUCGACAUGGAUUCGAAACGUUGUCACAACUAGUUUGGCUAGAUCCUUACAUAGGCUCCCUUCUAGCUCUUGAGGCGGCGACUGUAGAGGACUCCCCUAAAUUCCGAUACCGCGGACUUCUUCUAGAUACAGCGCGAAACUACUUUCCCGUUAAAGAUAUUCUACGCACAAUUGAUGCAAUGAGCGCGUGCAAAAUGAACACGUUUCACUGGCAUGUCAGUGAUUCCCAAUCUUUUCCUUUGAAAUUGAACAGUGCGCCUCAAUUGGCGCAACACGGCGCGUACGGCCCUGGGGCAAUAUAUACUCCACAAGACGUCCGGCUUAUUGUUAGAAAAGCUCGAUUACGUGGUAUACGAGUCUUAAUAGAGGUAGACGCACCCGCGCAUGUCGGCAAAGCCUGGACCUGGGGUCCAGUCGAAGGUCUUGGUCAUCUAGCACACUGCGUUGAAUUAGAACCAUGGAGUACAUAUUGUGGGGAACCUCCCUGUGGACAAUUGAACCCUCGAAAUCCUCACGUGUACUCACUUUUAGAGCGCAUUUACGCAGAAAUUAUUGAAUUAACAGGUGUCGAUGAUAUAUUCCAUCUCGGUGGAGAUGAAGUAUCAGAACGUUGCUGGGCACAGUAUUUUAAUGACACUGAUCCUAUGGAAUUAUGGCUUGAUUUUACCAAACGUGCGAUGCAGUCGUUGGAACGAGCUAAUGGGGGCAAGCUUCCCGAUUUAACGCUUCUGUGGUCUUCUCGUCUAACUCACACUCCUUAUCUGGAACGCCUCGAUAAAAAACGGUACGGGAUACAAGUGUGGGGUUCGUCACGAUGGCCGGAAUCACGCGCUGUAUUAGACGCAGGUUAUCGUUCGAUAUUGUCCCACGUGGACGCUUGGUAUUUGGACUGCGGGUUCGGUUCCUGGCGAGACAGUUCCGACGGACACUGCGGACCGUAUCGGUCGUGGCAGCAAAUAUACGAACAUAGACCCUGGUUUGAAGAAAUGCCCGCGUUAGCUACAGGGAUGGAACCGUGGAGGAUUGAAGGGGGCGCAGCCUGCCAAUGGACUGAACAGUUGGGCACAGGAGGCUUAGACGCCAGAGUAUGGCCUCGGACUGCAGCUCUCGCGGAACGUUUGUGGUCAGAUCGUUUAGAUGGAGCCACCGCAGACGUUUACCUUAGACUUGACACACAACGAUCUCGCUUAGUCGCUAAAGGAAUUCAAGCAGCUCCUCUCUGGCCUCGAUGGUGCUCUCACAACCCACACGCCUGCCUU